AUGACGGUGUGCAGGAUGCAACGCGGCCGGUGGAUCCUUCUGCUGAGUGUGGUGGCCCUUCAUGGAUUUUACAGCAACCUGCAGUUCAGGGCGAGGGGCAAUAUUCCGUGGAGUCAAACCGGUUCAGUGAAUCUGCUACUGACUGAAUGUGCCAUAUUGAGAAGCAAUAUGUUGCAGAGGUCACUUAGAAGUAUAAACACAAGUGACUUCCUGAGCUAUAUUAAUGACCUCCAGAGGUGUCCGUGGGAAUACAAUGUGUCCGAACAUAUUCAGAUCAAGUCCGAGCUUGCAGCAUGCUGUAAUACCUCCCACACUUUGCUCGUCACCCAGCAAAAUGCUCCACUAGGACAUAAACUGACUUAUGAGACUAGCCCAAAAAGACACAUUGUGGUCAAUGAAAACAUCUACCAAAUGCUCCCAAAGCUCAUAGUAGAGGCAUCACAAAAGCAGCAGCAAGACGAGGUGAAUGAUUGUAGAAGAAAUUCUCAGCUUAUAGAAAGUGAGAAGAAGAAUGUCCAGAAGCAAAUCCUGUGCACAAUAAUUACUCCACAUGCAAAUUUUAACAAAGAUCCUACAAGCCUAGAGCUGUUCAGUGAUUGUGUCCGUGUUCCUCCGCAGAUUUCCCCAUUCAUCGGGAAGCAGUUUGAGACCUGUGCUGUGGUCGGUAAUGGAGGCAUCUUACUCAACAGUUCUUGCGGUGAUGAAAUUGACAAGAUGGAUUAUGUCUUCAGGUUUAACUUGCCCCCUCUCCUCUUCAGGGACACUGGAGAAAAGUCGGAUCUAGUCAGCGCCAACCCCAGCAUCCUGGUGAAAAAGUUUGCAAAGCUUUCCGAAAGACGAAAACCCUUCAUCGACCUAGUGAAGAGUUAUGGUUCUGCAAUGAUCAUCUUGCCUGCCUUCUCCUAUGUGCACAACACGGAGCUCUCUCUCCGAGUACAACACUCUCUACAAGACUUUGACUUGCAGAACAGUGUUGUGUUCUUCCAUCCAGACUAUCUCACAAAACUGUCUACUUACUGGGAAACCAUGGGACUGUCGGCCAAACGUAUGUCCUCUGGGCUCAUGCUGGUCAGCGUGGCUAUGGAGGUCUGCAAGAAGGUGACACUGUAUGGGUUCUGGCCAUUUGCCCAAGACCCAGAAGGAAACCUAAUUCCUCACCACUACUAUGACGACAUCUGUCCAAAGCCUGGCUUCCACUCCAUGCCCGAGGAGUUCUAUUUCUAUACAAAGAUGCAUUUGAAGGGGGCACUGCAUCUAAAAGUUGGGAAGUGUUAGCUCAGGAUUGUGGUUUUAUUUUAUAUUUUGUUGAAAAUUUGCUUCAGUUGCAUUUUCUA